AUGGGAUGUAGCGGGCGGCUGCUGGGACCCGUCGGGGGGCGCCGCGCCUCGCUGCUCCUCACCAUGAUCCUCUUCUUCACCUACUUCUUCUACUGCCUGCCCGGGCCCUGCGAACCGCUGCCCCCCGCCCUGCUGCUGCCGCCGCCCGCCGCUCUCCCCGACGGAGCGGCCCCGGGGGCGGCGGGGCCCGGGGGUCCGGGGGCGGCGGGCGGCGGCAGCCGGCGGUUCCCGCAGGCCAUCAUCGUGGGCGUGAAGAAGGGCGGGACGCGGGCGCUGCUGGAGUUCCUGCGGGUGCACCCCGGGGUGCGCGCCGUGGGCGCCGAGCCGCACUUCUUCGACAGGUGCUACGAGAAGGGGCUGCGCUGGUACAGGAGCCUGAUGCCGCGGACGCUGGAGGGGCAGAUCACGAUGGAGAAGACCCCCAGCUACUUCGUCACCAAGGAGGCUCCGCGGCGCAUCUACAACAUGUCGCGGGACACCAAGCUGAUCGUGGUGGUGCGCAACCCCGUCACCCGCGCCAUCUCGGACUACACGCAGACGCUCUCCAAAAACCCCACCAUCCCCAGCUUCCAGGCCCUGGCCUUCAAAAACGUCAGCACGGGGCUGAUCGACACGAGCUGGAGCGCGGUGAGGAUCGGGAUCUACGCCAAGCACCUGGACAACUGGCUGCGGUACUUCCCCCUCUCCAAAUUCCUCUUCGUCAGCGGGGAGCGGCUCGUCAGCGACCCGGCGGGAGAGAUGGGCCGCGUCCAGGACUUUCUGGGUCUCAAGAGGGUGGUGACGGACAAGCAUUUCUAUUUCAACGAGACCAAGGGCUUUCCCUGCCUGAAGAAGCCGGAGGGCAGCAGCAAGCCCCGCUGCCUGGGGAAGUCCAAGGGGCGGCCGCACCCCAAAAUCGACGGGCAGGUGGUGCAGCGCCUGCAGGAGUUUUACAGACCUUUCAACAUGAAGUUUUACCAGAUGACAGGGCAGGACUUCGGGUGGGACUGA